AAUUAAUGGCUACAAAAGUUUUCGACCGGUAGAUAAUAAUAGACAUUCCUAUCAUAAUCAUUCUCUAUAUUACUUAUUCUCUACUUUCUUCAUGUGAAUAUGUUAAGGCAAAGUAGUGUGAGCCAUUAAGCCAUGGGUCAAAUGAGUUUAAAAUCGCCGUACGUUCUCUCUCUCAGCUUUCUUCUCCUCUUACUUGUUACCAUUUACUUCUCUUCAUCAUUCAACCGAGAAAACCAACUCAUCCCUCUUAAUCUUUCUUCUCACCAUCAUCCCAACAAUGCUUCUAUCAAACCACAAACCAAUUUUCAAACAAGUUAUAUUUCACCGGCACCGGCACCGGCACCGGCACCAGCCCCUUCUCCGGCGACUUACCUAAACAAACAGUCCCUCACAAAACAUGGCAUUACUACUGCUCACCAUUUCAAAAAUAAGAGCAGUGAGGAGAAAAUUGAAGAACAAUUGAGUAUGGCAAGAGCAGCUAUACACAAAGCCAUUCUUACAAAGAAUUAUACAUCUGACCGAAACGAGAUUUACAUUCCUAAAGGAUCUAUUUACAGAAAUCCUUAUGCAUUUCAUCAGAGCCACAUAGAGAUGAUAAAGAGAUUCAAGAUAUGGACAUACAGAGAAGGUGAUGUACCUAUGGUUCACAAUGGCCCUACGACAUACAUCUACUCAAUUGAGGGCCACUUUAUUUUUGAGAUGGAAAGUGGGCUGAGCCCAUUUUCAGCAAAGAGUCCAAAUGAGGCCCAUGCAUUUUUUCUGCCCUUAAGUAUCUCAAAAAUCACUGAUUAUCAGUAUAGGCCCCACCAUGAGACAUUUUUCCAUCGUAUGGUUCGCGUGUUUGCUGACUAUGUCUAUGUCAUCGCAAAUAAACAUCCCUAUUGGAAUCGAACUAGUGGAGCUGACCAUUUCUUCCUCUCUUGCCAUGAUUGGGCAUCAUUGAUUACACGUGAUCACCACGAAGAUCUCUACAAAAACUUCAUAAAAGUGUUAUGCAAUGCCAACACCUCAGAAGGGUUCAAGCCCACAAGAGAUGUCUCAAUACCAGAGUACAACCUAAAGGCAUUCGAACUCGGACCUCCUCAACUCGGUCAGCCACCAAAUAAGCGGCCAAUCUUAGCAUUUUUCGCAGGCGCAGCCCAUGGGGACAUAAGGAGCAAACUCUUUGAAUAUUGGAAAGAAAAAGAUGACGAAGUGCUUGUCUAUGAAAAUCUACCAAAGAAGUACAACUACCAACAAUUAAUGGGACAAAGCAAGUUUUGCUUAUGUCCUAGUGGCUCGGAAGUUGCAAGCCCUAGAGUGGUGGAGGCCAUGUACCAAGGUUGUGUGCCUGUUCUCAUUUCUGAUUUUUAUGCAAUACCCUUUGAUGAUGUUCUUGAUUGGAGUAAGUUCUCUAUACAAAUACCACCAAAGAGAAUUUCAGAGAUCAAAACUAUCUUGAAAGGUAUUCCAUACUCAAAGUAUUUGACUUUGCAAAAGAGAGUGUGGAAAGUUAGGAGACAUUUCAUGUUGAAUAGGCCUGCCAAGCCCUUUGAUGUAUUCCACAUGGCGCUUCAUUCAAUUUGGCUUAGAAGGCUUAACUUUAGGUUGCCAUUCAAUUAAUUAAUUAGUGUUGUUAUUUUAUGCAGCUUUAUGGUAUAUUUUUUCGUGAUAUUAUAUUAUUAUUAGUUUCAAGCUCAGCUUUGUGGUACGAACUGGUUUUUUAUUUUUUUAAGCUCAAUUAUGACAUGUUUGUAUUGCUAUUAAUUGCAUAAUGUUGCUUUCUC